GAUGUUUUAUGUAAGUGAAAUGUGGUGCUACCACUGGAAAUGGAAGCUACAGCACUGUCUCUGCUUAUUUACCACAUAUAUUAUAUUUGUACAGCAAGCAGCUCAUGGAUGCUAUGACUGUAGGACUGUGCUAACUGACCCCUCUGGAGUUUUCACUUCCCCAUGCUUCCCCAGUGACUACCCCAACAGCCAAGCAUGCAAGUGGAUCAUCCGAGCACCUCAUGGAUUCAUCAUACAGCUAACAUUUAUUGAUUUUGACAUUGAAGAAGCUCCAGGCUGCAUUUAUGAUUCACUGACAUUAGACAAUGGAGAAAGCCCAAUGAACCUUUGUGGCAUCACUGCCAAAGGAUUAUCCUAUAACUCUACCGGAAAUGAAAUGAUCGUGUCAUUUAAAAGCGACUUCAGUAUCCAAAAGAAAGGUUUUAAUGCAAGCUAUGUACGAA